GCUGGUAACUAUAUCUUCUCAAGUAACAUUUUUUGUGGAAUAUGCUAUGCCUUCUCUGGGAAAGCAGCAGGAUAAUGCAUCAAAUAUUAGUCGCAUAAGAAUCUGUGCAAAAAGUAAAGAUGGUCAAGAUGUUCCAUUCAAUCGGCAAUCUGUCCAUAAAGUACCUCUGUCUGCAAUAAUGUCUAAUGUCCCUAAUCCAGCAAUAGUGUUUAAUGUUUAUUAUCGUAAAGUAUCACAAAGACAGGCCAAACAUCUUGGACAAUGCCGAAUUACUCUCAACGAAAUUGUAUCCUCGCCUAAAUUACACAGCACUAGAAAGUGUCCAAUAAUUACAAGUCAAAAUGAAAAACUUGAUAAGGAUGUGAAUAUGAAAAGCAGUGGUAGCAGCCAUAAGUUGCCAGAGAAAACUGAUAGUGAAAAUGUCUUUUCUGAUGUAAUUGGAUUUGGAGGUAUUUUGGCUGGACAUUUAACUGUUAAAGUUGAACUGGGGUCUGGAUUAUUACAUUUUGGAAAACACUUUUUAGAAUCAUUUGCUGCAAAUCAAGAAAACAUAAGCAUUCCGAGUACAUUAACAAACAGUGAAUGUAAUGAAGAAGAGAUAGCAUCAACAACAUUCAAUGGUCAAUUUCUAGACAAUCAAAACCGUACUUUGGACUGUAUUAACCAUCGUAAUUGUGCAAUGUUCAAGCAACAACAAGCCCUGCCUCAAGAACGUUGCACAGUUUGUCGAGAUUUUUAUACUAAUAAACCUUUCCUGCAAAAAACGCAACAGCAAGUAUAUGAUGCACAUAUUAUGAAGCCCAUUAGAAAAUAUAAUGAAAAUAAAGUUACUUACCAAGAACUGAAAAGGCCAACUAUUAAGAAAACUAUUGUUAAACAAUCACAAAAUACUAAAGUUGCAGGAUGUUAUUUAGAUCAAACAAUAUUGAAGGAGCAACAGAAGGGAAAUGAGAUUUUAACAGAUUCUGAUGAUGGAAAAUUUGUAAAUACAGACUUAAGAGGCGGGAAGGACAUUGUUUGUGAAAAAGAUCAAAAUGAGAAGAAGAAUAUUUUAACUAGAAAGUCUUUUAUUAAAAGAUCUUCUUAUUUUAGAAAAGAUCGAGGAAAAGUUGCCGAUGCUGAUGUGGAAUCAAGGAAUGAAGAAGAUUCUACAUUACUACAUGGUUUGCUGUUUGUCAAUGAAGCACGAGGUUUAGAACCUCAAUUAUUACCACAAUCUUAUUGUCUUGUAAAUCGUGGCCUGUGUCCUGGAACUGGUGGUUCAAGUAAAAACAUAAUGUGUGAUGGAAAAUAUUUUCAAUAUUUAGAGACUUUUCCAUUACUUUGUAAUAAAGCAUUAAUGGAAAGAUGUCACAGUGGACAUCUGAUUAUAGAAAUUUGGUUGAAAGGACCAGGCCCCGCACAAAAAUUGGUGGGAGUAGCUAGCCUGCCUUUACAUGCAUUCUUUGUGGCGUACCAUGAUGCUAAUAUGGUACGAUAUUUGGAGAAAGUCAAGUUACCUGUUAUUUCUGUGGAUGGAUGGAUACCCCUACUAUCACCAAUAUCUGGUACGGUUUCUGGAGAAAUUCAAGCUUUAUUAGCCAUUGGUACAGAAAAGCAACUAGAAGAAUUAAGAACGUCUAGAAAUUUAAAACCAGAUAUUGUUCAAAUGUUAGAUGAUCCUCUAAAUUCGCCUCAUCAAAAGCAUCAUUCGAAAUCUAACAAAAAAUCUUCUAAGCAUGAGAAGAAACAUUCUAAAGUUUUAAGUUGCACUAUAGGUGUAAACACGUCACCUAUAGUAGUUAGGCAGUUUGCUACUAGUAUAUCUGACAUUAACUCCGAGUUUCCUCAAUCAUCAUCUACAAAUGAGGAAGUAAAUCAAAAAAAUUAUAAUACAGUAUAUACCCAAACAACAACUGAUGCUAAUAUGCCAACUGUUCUAGAGGAAUCAGAAUCUAUAACUGACACCAAAAGUUCUAAUGCUAUACCAUUGAGGAAGCCUAAUUCCUUUGGCAAUCUAUCAACUUUUGUUUCACAACUAAUGCAAAAUAUACCGCAAAACUCUUCAUUUUUGACUAAUUUUGAAAUGGGCCUAUGUUCUGAAAAAUCUUCUGCUGAAAGUGCUCCAAGGUUGAAACAGACUUCAGAUCUUUUAGCAGAAUUGCAAAGAGCUUUAGAGCAUGUACCUCAGGCUUUUGCUGCUGGUUCAGAUGACGGAAUGAAUCAAAGAUCAAGUGAUAAUAAUGUAACUGAAAAUCAUGCUGAUGGUCUUGUUGAAAAUGAAUUAAAUGAAGUAUAUGAAGUUGAUGAAACAAGAAGUAGUGAAUCUAUUGAGUGUUUUAAGGCAUCGAUAGAAGUGGAACAAGCUUUGCGUUUGGCUGUGAUUACUUCAACCACCAAAAAGUGUCAUAAGCGAAGCAAGUGCAAAACUAAAGUGAAAACUACUGAAAUUGCACCCAGUACGUAUGUAACGUUUCCUGCCAUAGUUUGUAGAAGUUGCUCUAUGGUGCAAGCACCAGAAGGACCAGUGGUAGCAACUAAUGUAGUUCCCAAUACAUGUAAUCCAACUUGGAAGCAGAAGUUUGAUGUUGCCUUACCUGUGGAUCUACUUAAAACGGAUCCAAAGCAGUUGGUGUUCAAAGUUUGGCGUAAAAGAGGAUCAAACACAAAUAUCGAUUUAAAUGCAGUGCCAGUAUCAGAUGUAGUUAUUGGUUUUGCAGUUGUUGAUUUGUCCACUUUGCUUUCUGGUCUUCCAUCUAUUUGUGGCUGGUUCAAUAUCACCGACGUCGGAAACCGAUGCAAUGGCCAAAUAAAGAUAAGCAUCACCCCAUUAGAAAAUCUUGAUAAAUUCAUCAAUGAUUCAUCAUUUUGUUGUAGUGAUAAUGAUACUAUUCAUAGUUUCAAUUCCUCUAAUGAUGACAAGGUAACAUUAGUUAGACUAACAAAAUCCAAAGAGAAAAUGAUGGAAAUGCUAGAAACAGCAAAAUCUAAAUUAUAUGGAUUUGAUCAAUCUGAGUGCAUGGAUAUAAAUGAAACAAGCGCACAUGAGGUUGAAGUAGAUCAUAAUAUUAAUAUUGGACAAGUGGCUACUAACAACGCAGAUGUGAAUUCGAAUAUGGGAAGUGGAUCGCCCAGUUUUAGAUUAUCAAGUAAUCCUUGUGACAACGAAUAUCAGCAAAAUCAACAAAAUGUAACGCCCAAUAUAUAUUCUAAUUUUUAUCAUAAUACUAUAAAUGAGCAUUAUUCAUACCAAACUGUUCCAAGGCCAGAAGACGCUGUUUCGUCUAUGAACCAAUCAAUAAUAACAGAUAUACUAAAUCAUAAUCCUAACCAAGGGGAAAUAGAUGAUGAUACUUUAAAUACUACUUCUUUAAGCCGAGUUUUAAAGAGAAAGUUUACAGAAUUACAUGAGAUUACUCAAAGACUUCGGUCCCGAUUGUUAGAUGUAACAAAAGAUGAUGAUGAUGAAUUUGAAAGGGAUCUUAAUACCGUUAGCGAUGAAAAAGAAUAUGGUAUUAGGCCUGAAGAUUUCGAAUCCUUAGCUAAAGUAGUACCAGAUACACCUCAUGAAAAUGAAAUGCCGGAGGAUGAAAACAAAUUUGAGAAUUUAGCGAACAACUACCAAAAUUUAUUAGCAGUAAAACAAAGUUAUGUUCAGAAAAGUGUAGAUGAGGUAGAUGUGGAUGCUAUCCAGAAAGAAUUAGCUGCAAAUAGAGACAUAUUGUCACAAAGAAAGUGCAACAUAAAUUCUUUGUUGCAAAAAUUGACUUUACUUACAAAUCCUCUUGAUAAUCCACCACCUGAGAAGCAUGUGAAAUUUAAUAGUGAUGUUGAAGUACUUCAUAAUGAAUCCAGCAAUAUAUUUGAACUUAUACCUGGAUCAGAAUUUAAUGCCGAAUCUCAAUCUAUGCAACAUAGUCCUGAAGAUGAUAGUUCUAUAGAAUCUGAAAGCACAAGCAAAUCUGGGUCCUAUCAGUGUAAAUCUCCAGACGAAUUGGAAACUGUUGAUCAAUUUGAAGAAAAUUUAAAUCAUUCAGGAAAAUUUCACAGCAGUUCCCAAUAUAAAUAUUCAUCUGAACAAUAUGCUGAUUCUAGAUUUAAUGGUUCCAGUUUUCCACGAGUAGCAAGUGCAGGAAUACUUAAACAUCCUUCUUUUGAAAGAAGAAAUGAAGUCAUUAUGGAUCGAGUUUCUGCUCCUGAAACGAAUUCAGUACAAAAUUCUUCUGAUGAGGCCGAAGAAGAACAAUCAACAUCCAGGACUGUUGAUUUAGAUGUACGGGAUGUUAUUACAAAUAUUCUCAAGAUUACAGAAAUGUGUCCUAAUAUCAGUAAAGAUACAGGUUUAGAAGAUGUUUCAUCAAGAAAAUCAAACUCUAGUACAGAUGAAGGUGAGAAAAAAGAUCAGGAUACCACAGAGUGAAUGAGAGAGAACUAAUACGAAUGCGAGAGAGAGGAAAGCCAUGUUUUGUAUAUAUAUUUUAUUUUUGCAUUGCAUUUUGUACAUAAUAU